AUGUUAUCCUCUGGAGCGGCGGUCGCAGCUGCUGUUGUUGUUACCACCCAGGGUGGAAACGGCUCGGGUCUGUUGCUGGGUGGGGGCGGUAGUCAUAAGAGAAGAAGGAUCAAUAUGGAAUCGGAUAGUGAAGAUUCUGAUGACGAUUCCGAUGACGAUAAACCCAUCAACAGAACCGCACUGAGUUCUGCGGCCGGCUCGCCUGCUAUAACGGGAGAUAAUAUAAGUGGAGUUACGACCCCCACACCUCCCACUAGGGCAUUGGUAAAGGACGAAGUAUCAUCGACGACGACGCCCAACAGAACUGCUGCCUCACUGGAUGAUCGGAUUAAGUCACCCGAAGUCGCCUCGGAUGCCCCUCAAACGUCGUCAACUUCAUCGGAGUCUUCUCCCGAUCAUAGUACGUCCCCAGAUGAAGACAACAGCUCUGAAGAGAGCGAUAAUCAGCCUAUCAUAAAACGGCGAGUGAGAGCUGCUCAUCGCAAGGUGUUGAAGUAUACGGAGGAUGAGGAGGAUAGUGAUGAUGACGAUACUGGGGACUCAGACGCCCAGGAUGAUGAUGACGAUGAUGAUGAUGAUGGUUCUUCUCAUGAGGAGUUGUCAACUCCCGCACGAUCUUCCAAGGGUCGACGACGACGAACCCGUCCGAAGUCAACCGAGGACGAACGGGCAAAGAAGAAGUCUCGAGCGGAGAAAAAAGUGAAGCGGGAGUCUAGUGUGGCGACUCCGGUUCCUAAAAAGAAGAUAAAUCGGUCGGAAAAGGAACAGCUCGUGAGUGAAGUACUCUGUCGUUGGUGGUAUGCCAUGCCUCCCUGGCCACCGCUUGAUUAUGACUAUGAGAAGGAGCUCAAUCGACGAGGCUUUCGGAUCGUCACCUUACAGGACUGGGAGGAAGAGGCGGACCUUGAUAAGGAAGGCCGUGCUAAGGUGUAUGCCCUAUCGCAGUUCCCUGGCAUCUAUCGGGCGUAUGAUCGUCGAUUGAUCGAUGUGCGACCGAAUGAAGGGAAGCCUAGUUUUAACAACCUGAUGAAUUCAACUACUGACAAACUGAAAGCUCUUCUUAGGGAAGCCAUAAAGAAUCAGCUAGCCGAGCUACGGGCUCAACCGUCGUUCAAACGGCCUGGGAAUGGUGAUGAGGAGCUGGAGAGAGAUCUUGUGGUCAGAGGCAAACGAUUGGGGCUUAAGGAUGGGAGGUGACACUUACGUAAUGAUGAUGAAUAACAAC